AUGGCGACCACAGACCAGUUCAGCAUCCGCAUGAAGAACUUCAUGACCAACCCUCUGCUUUCAAGGAAGCAAUUUGCCAUGGAAGUACUUCAUCCAGGUCGCUCUAAUGUUUCGAAAAAUGAUUUGCGUGAUCGUAUCGCCAAGCAGUUCAAAGUUAAGGACCCCAAGACUAUUGUGCUCUUUGGGUUCAAAACCUACUUCGGUGGUGGAAUGAGUUCGGGAUACUGUGUCAUAUACGACACACUCGCUAACCUCAAAAAAUAUGAACACCAUUAUAGACAAGUGAGAUUAGGACUUGAGGAGCCUUUGAAGGCCAUGGGACGCCGUGCUAAGAAGGAGCUUAAGAAUAGGAGGAAGAAAGUACGCGGAAAGGAAAAGGCCAAGUGUGCUGCCGGUAAAAAGAAGUGA